UAGACUGAAGUGUUUCUUUAAGCCGGCUGGAGCUCAGGGCGAGACCAGAAACUGAAACUUGCAGUCUAUAACUUACUAUUUGCUUCCGGAGCGGCUCUUCUUUUAAGAAAACUUUGGACUGAACCAUGUAAUUUUUUUCACUUUGCUCGGGGAUUUUUUUGCCUGUUUUAUCGUCCUUUUACAUUUUGACUCGCAGCUUGAACCACUUAUAUAUUUUAUUUCUUUAAGCAUUGGCUUUAAGUGCGGAUCCUAAGGGAUUGAAUCGCUUUUAACUCUAGCACUUUCUCCGGGUCCCUGGGGCCUUUUUCAUUAGAGAGUGCAAACUUCAUCAGGUUACACGCCAGAAGCGGAGCUACGUGACUUCUCUCACUCUCACCACUCAGAUGACUCGGGAAAUCCCGUUCAGCAUCGUUUUUCUAACCUGACUGACCACGCCUUUUUUAUUAAUAUUAUUCCGUUCAGUUUAUUAGUUUCUAAAACUGAGUGAAAGUUAGCGCCUGGGCACGUCAAUCUCUCUGUGCGCAAACACCGCGAAAUGACACCGAGUUUUGUUCUCGGGUGUGUGGUGGCGCUUUACCUGCUCCUCUCACCUGUACAGAAUUUACCCACGGCAGACACAAAUAGCACCGUGGAAGUGCUGAUGUUUCAAGAGGUGUGGGGUCGCAGCUUCUGUCGGACCAUGGAAAAACUGGUAGAGGUUGUCCAGGAAUACCCGACGGAGGUGGAGCACAUCUACAGCCCCUCUUGUGUGCCACUGGUGAGAUGUGCCGGCUGCUGUGGAGAUGAGAACUUAGAGUGCCAUCCCACUCAAACUUCAAAUGUAACAAUGCAGCUGUUGAAAAUCCGGCCAUCUGAACCAGGUGAAGAAUAUGUUGAGAUGACCUUUGUGGAGCAUAAGACAUGUGAAUGUAGAGUGCGGAAACCUUUGAUGAAGGUUGGAAGGAAAAGGCAACGAGGAAGAGGAAGGAGGAGAAAGGAGAGACAAAAAACAAAAGACUGUGACAGGUGCCAGAUUCCUCGCAGGUAACUUAGCGGCAACCCAACUACUGUUGCAGCGUGGCUGACUAUUUAUCUCCAGCCUGGUGACAGCAUGAAGAGUCUCCUCCACUCAUCUAUCAAAACCUGUGUCCGCUGCCAGAGGCUCCAACAGCUGGGUUGGUUUGCUGACACAUUGUCCUGAUGACGGACAGGGUGUCUGCAAUAACGAGAUUCAACAGGACGUGCAUAUUGAUUGGUGGAAACACUCUCUGUUACACACCUGACACAAUGGACAUCCAUGGGAGCCAGUGCAAUGUAGAAAAGAACAGACUCAACUUUUAAACUUCCACUUGGUAUUAUUGUGUCAGUUGUCAGGUUUUUUUUUUCUGUAUUUAAAGGUGAUAAUACAUGUUAAAUCUCUAUAUUUAUUGCUAAAAUAGUUGGACCAGCAACCUUUAAAAAGUUUGUUAUCCUUUGUCGAAACAUUAUUAUAAACACUUUGACUUGUACUGGUGGUUUUAUUUUGACUGAAUGUACGGCUGCUUUGUACAUGCAACAAUGAUAGGUCUCCCUCUAGUGUUUAAAAUGUGAUAAUGCUCAAUAUUAAAAUAUUUUAUUUGACAACGUUGUUAAUCUUAGACAUGAAACUGUGUGGUUAGUUAAAGAUCUACCCUAUUGUCAGUUUCUUAAUCUAUUGCUAAAGGUUUGUAGGAUGUAUUAACUCCACUGUGACAUGUAAUGAUCCGAUUCUUUACAUUCAAUUCUCUAGAGGACUGUUCCAGCACCCUCCAUUUAUUAUUUCUUUUUUUAAGAGGCAUACUAAAAAAGACACUGGAGAAGCAAAUCCACCACAUGUGAUCAAAUUAAAUACGGGACCCAAACUCUGGCUGAGGCCUGGAAAAACUGGUCAACCAGAAAAUGUAUUUUUUUUUUAUAGGUUUUUCUGUAUCACAUUCAUUUUCAGGUGGUACUCAUGCACCUUUAUCAAAAUCACAAGGUUAAAAAGUGUCUCCUUCAUGCAUUUUUCCCCUCUGGUAACACAACACUCACUUAAUCUUGCUCCACAGGUGACUUCCUGAGUCUGUUCUCAGAAGCAGAGUCUUAUUGGAAUGAUCAGUCAAGUUAGUUAUGUAAGACCUUUUUCUUUUUCAUAUAGCAAAGAAAAUCUAUGAAAAUGCAGAAAUAUUUCACCCGUUCUCUUAUUUUUAUUUCAUUUAAAUAUUUAUUUUGUAAUAAAAUUCUUAUGACUGCCAGGCAAUAUCUUGUGUGAGUUGUG